UUAAUGGCUAAUGAUAGGCACUGUGUCGAUCAAAGAGAUCCAUCGUUUGUUUAGUAGGCUCUCAACUCUCAAAUGUGAAACAAGUCGAGAGAAAAAAAAAUGAAAUUAUUUUUGCUUACAGUGUUUGUUUUUUUAUUUAUUAAUUUAUCAUUUUCAAUUGAUCAAAGAAAAUUUGGACCAUGGUUUCCAGCGACAGAAGGUGAACCAUGGCCUGCACCGUGGAAAAGAAUUAUGGGAAAUAAUUCACUUAUUUUACGACCAUUAAGUUUCAAAAUUGAGACAACAAACAAUGAUUGUCCCAUUUUGCAAGAUGCCAUUGAAAGAUAUAAAUCGAUAAUUUUCGAAGAAGCAAAAUCUGCUGCUCAUUUAGUACAAGGAAUAGAAAAACCAAAUUCAUCAAUUUCUGGAAUCAUAACAGGAAUGUUGAUUCAAAAAUUAAAUAGUUGUGAAUCGCAACCUUAUUUUCAAAUGGAUGAAUCAUAUUCGUUAGAAAUCACCGAAAUAUCAGAUGUUGCAAUUUUGAGUGCAAAUACCGUUUGGGGAGCUCUUCGGGGUCUUGAAACUUUCACGCAAUUAUUGUCACCAUCGGGACUGGGAGCUAGUCUAAAAUUGACGUCUCAACAAAUUUAUGAUAAGCCAAGAAUGCCACAUCGAGGUCUUCUUCUCGAUACGUCACGUCAUUUUAUUCCAGUUGAUGAUAUUCUCCUAAUUCUCGAUGGAAUGUCUUAUAAUAAAUUAAACGUUUUUCAUUGGCACAUUGUCGAUGACAAUAGUUUUCCCUAUGAAAGUAAUGUAUUUCCCAAACUUUCCCUAAAGGGCUCCUAUCAUCCAACAAUGAUCUACAGUGCAAGUAAUAUUCGAAAAAUCAUUGAUUACGCACGAAUUAGAGGAAUUCGAGUAAUUCCCGAAUUUGAUACUCCUGCACAUACUACAUCUUGGGGACAGGGUCAUCCCGAGUUACUCACAAAAUGUUACGAUAAAGAUGGAAAUUUGGAUGGAACAACGGGUCCAAUGGAUCCAACAAAGCCUGCUCUUUAUACAUUUCUACAAAAUUUAUUUGAGGAAGUUGUGCAACUUUUCCCAGAUAAAUAUUUACAUGUGGGCGGUGACGAAGUGCCAUUCGAAUGCUGGGAAAGUAAUCCUGAUGUUCUUACUUUCAUGAGGGAUCACAAUAUUACGAAAAAUUUCACAGCAUUGGAAAAUAUUUUCAUCAAUAGACUGCUCGAUAUAACGUAUGAUUUGAAUGUAAAAACUAUUGUUUGGCAGGAGGUGUUCGAUAACGGAGUGAAAAUUCAUCCUGGAACAGUUGUUCAAAUUUGGACUGGAACUUGGCAAAGUGAAGUUUCCAGCGUCACUAGUGCCGGAUUUCCAGUGAUACUUUCCACGUGCUGGUACUUGGAUCAUGUUGCUGGUGGUGGUGAUUGGCGAAAAUAUUAUCUCUGCGAUCCUCUCUCCUUUUCUGGAUCACAUGAACAAAAGAAACUUAUGAUGGGCGGUGAAGCUUGCAUGUGGGCUGAAUUCGUUGAUCGAAACAACGUCCAUUCGAGAAUCUGGCCUCGAGCAAGUGCGGCAGCUGAACGACUUUGGAGUUUUGAAGUACAAUCUCUGGACUAUGUCUCGAGGCGUUUGGAGGAGCACGCUUGUCGCAUGAACAAACGUGGUAUUCCUGCUCAGCCUCCCAAUGGAGCAGGUUUUUGUAUUGUUUGAUAUAUAUUCACGCUUUUACAAAAAAAAAAAAAACAUAUUCCCCGCAUUAUAAAACCCUACUUUUUUUUCUUUGUCAUUCUCGAAAACAUAUGAAAAAUCAGUUUUUAUUACUGAUAGAUUUCUGUUACAAUCAUAAUAAAAGGUAUCUUCUACUAAAAAGAAUAUUUUUUAUUAUAAAUGUGGUAAAAAAAAUUUCCACAAUAAAAAUAAAGAAAAAUUAUUUUUCACUUUAUGAUGAUGUAAUUUUUUCUAAAAAAAUAUACAAUAUAGAGCAGAAAGUAUGUCAGUAUUACCUUCAGGAUAUUUGUUCUACUUCGAGACUCACAUGUAAUAGAUUAAAAUUUUUUUUUUUUGCACAACUUUUGAGAUGUUUUUUAGUAAUUGUUAAUAAAAUUUGAUAUCGGUAA